AUUUAAUGUGGCUAUGCUGUACCAGCUAUAGCUUGAAUGACAAUAGAUCGGCGUUCGACUCCAGCUGACAUACCGUGUCUUUUUCUUUCGGCCGAACCUAAAACCAGUGGGCCAGAAACAAUCACCAAAGAGGAAAUAUCAGCCAGAAGAUCAGAACAAACCAAUCAGAUAUUUACGCGCCCAAAAACGAAUCACAACCUUAAAUCCACCGUCAACAUAUAUAAACACAAACCCUCAAAUUAAAAAAUCAUUGAAUUGUUCUUACCUUUUAGUGGCCACAAAAUCAUUUCCAGCAAUUUCCACACAUGCUUGGUUAACAACGGCGUUUGUAAAUAGCAGCAACCUUUUUUUUGGGGGCGGUUUCAUGGCCGGCACGUGCCAUUCCAUUAGACCUCACGUGAUCGGGUCCACCGUCGUAAAGCUACCCUUAUCCCGGACCAAACCUCCGUUUUCGGUUCGGGUCUCGGGUUUCUCGGCCAAGACACAGGGCUUCCCCACCGCCAAGGAGGAGGGUCCUUCUUGCAUAUUCGUUGGCCCUAUCGAAACCGCCAGUCAAGAAACCUUAGAAGCUCUCUAUCGCCAAGCACGGGAUGCUUAUUACAGUGGGGAGCCUUUGAUAGUUGAUGACAUGUUUGAUAGAGUCGAGUUAAAACUACGUUGGUAUGGUUCGAAAUCCGUUGUUAAGUACCCUCGUUGCAGUAUUAGGCGACAUUCUACUUAUGCUGAUGCAGAGGAAGAUUUGUCUCAAGUUUUGGUGUUGGCAAGCAUAUGGAUCUUGAUUUUUGCACUUGGCUGUACAUUGUGUCUUGUACCUAUCAUUUACACCACUAAUCUAGCGUACCAAGAUCCAUUCAGCUCAGAUAUUUCCUAUGGCAGCCAAGCAUCCAAUUUUGAGUUUCUUGCUACUGUUAAUGGCAUUCUCUUCAUCGGUAUUGGGUCAGUGGUUGGAUAUUCACUUGCAUCGGCUGCUGUUCGGGUGCUUCAAAGACUGUGGAGAAAUGACUUGGUAGCUCUGAAGGGGGCAUGCCCAAAUUGUGGGGAGGAGGUAUUUGCAUUUGUCAAAUCAGAUAAAUUCAAUGACUCCCCCUAUAGAGCAGAGUGUCAUGUCUGUGAAUGCGCUCUAGAAUUUCGUGCCAAGGUUGAGCAAUCUGUUUCGAGACUAGGGAGAAGAUGGGUAUAUGGCCGCGUAUACCUCGUCUCAUGAAGAGGCAGAAGUGGGAGGUUGAUGUGAGCCAUCUGCAAAGCAUAGUAGCCUACACCACUCCGUAACUGUUAAAAGAAGCAAUCAUUCUUUCCUCUUUAUUUUUCGAUCUGUUUUGAGGGAUAAAAUAAAAGGAUCUCAGCAGAAGGUUUUUUGUUACAGCUAAAUGGUGGAGUGCUGGACUUGUUGUACCGUUGAAUUUAACUGAUGAGACUCGUAAAGUUAUUUCUGUUGUUGUUGGAGAAUAAUUGUUAAAGUUUUUGUUAUAACU